AUGGGGAAGACGCCCGUGGCCACGCGCAGCAGCGCGCGCGCCGUCAAGGAGCGGCAACUGGCGCUGGUCGAGGAGCCAGGACGCGAGCUGCAGGCCGUGGGCUCGCGCGAGCUGCAACUGGACGACGACUGGGAGGAGCGCCUCAACCUGCAGGUCAAGAUCAUGAAUGUGGUGGGCACGGUGGACCUGAAGACGCCGCUGGACUUGAAGACGAUUGCGCUGCACGCACGCAACGCCGAGUAUAACCCCAAGCGCUUCUCGGCGGUGAUCAUGCGGCUGCGUGACCCCAAGACGACGGCGCUGAUCUUCGGCUCUGGCAAAAUUGUCAUCACGGGUGGCACUAGUGAGGAAAGCUGCCGGUUAGCGGCGCGCAAAUUCACGCGCGUAAUACAGAAACUGAACUUCCCGGCCAAGUUCACCGAGUUCAAAGUGCGCAACGUGAUGGGAACGUGCGAUAUCCGCUUCCCGAUUCGGUUGGAGGGGCUGCUGAACGACCACGCACGAUUCUCCAGCUACGAGCCGGAGCUGUUCCCGGGCCUGAUCUACAAGCUGGUGGAGCCCAAACUGACGCUGCUGAUCUUCGUCUCGGGCAAGAUCGUGCUGUGCGGAGCAAGAGACUCGAACCACCUGCACCAGGCCAUCGACAAGAUGUACCCCGUGCUGCUGCAGUACCGCAAGAUGACAGCACCCCCGUCGCUGAUGACAGGCAAGCCAGGCUACGAGGAUAGCGAGGACCUUGACCGUCUUGAGCCAGGGGCUAACGUCUAA